AUGGAUAAUUUUAGUCACAUCUCCAUCGCCAACUUCAAGUUCAAGAUUAUUUCAAAAACCUUUGUUGAUAGACUUUCUCGGAUUAUGAUAUUUUUGGUGUCUAAAGAGCAUAAGGGUUUUAUUAAAAGGAGGAAUAUUAAGGAUUAUUUAUGUCUUGCUUAUGAAGUAGCUAAUCUCCUGGAUAGAAAGACCUUGGGAGGCAACACCGCUCUUAAAGUUGACAUCACUAAAGCUUUUGAUACAAUUAAUUGGAGUUUCCUCAUCAAGGUCCUUGAGCUUUAUGGUUUCAACAAUACUUUUUGUCAUUGGAUCUCUACUAUUCUAGAAUCUUCCUUUGUGUCUAUAGCUUUUAGCAGUUCCACUCAUGGAUAUUUUCCUUGUAAAUCAUCAAACAUCUUCGCUCUAAGGAAUUUGUUUCAGAAUUAUUCUCUUGCCUCUGGUCAAUCCACCAAUGCUUCCAAGUUUACAAUUUAUUGUGAUUCAAUAUCAAAUAGGAGAACAAAUCAUCUCACUUUGCUCACGGGUUUCAACAGAGGUUGUUUUCCUUUUACCUAUCUCGGUGUUCCUAUUUCUAAAGACUCUAUGGUUUGGAAUUAUGCUGUAGACGGUAUGCUCUCCAUGAAAGAGGCAUACAGAUUCAAAUAUUCCCCCUCGCUUAAAUUGGGAUGGGUUGGCAAGAUUUGGAAUUCCGACAUCUCUCCUUCUAAAUCUUUGUUGGCUUGGAGACUCUUGAAUGAUAAGAUCCCUUCGGAUGAUGCGUUGCAAAUAUGCGGUUGUAGCUUAUGCUCUAUGUGCAAUAUUUGCAAGAAUAAUUGUGAAUCAACAUCUCAUAUCUUAUCCCAUUGUCCCUAUGCGGUCGAAAUAUGGAGAUGGUUUCGCAGCCUUUUGAAUCCAACUCUCAUGAUCUCCUCAGUGGAUAACAUUUGGGUUUUAUGUCACAUCUACGACUCUCCUCAAGGUUCGUUUGAUUGGUAA